GGAAGAGAAACAAAACAAAACCCCGGCACCGCCACGCUCUCCCUCCUGCUCCUCCUGGCAUUCGGUGGCGGCUACCUUUUCGUGGUUUUUCUUUUUUUCUUUUUUUUUUUUUUUCUUUUUCUUCUUCUUCUUCUUCUUUUUUUUUUUCCUUGGGGAUUCUCGUUUCUCCUGCCAGACUGACUUGCACCUUCUCGAUAAUUUCUCUUCCCCUCGUUUUUUAUACUCUUCUCCCUGCUUCCAAACCCUGUGUCUGUGUGUUUCAGUACUAUCACAACCUCUGCUAAAAAUAGAUCUUUUUAUAUACCCUUCCUCCUCUCUGACCCCAUCCAACACCCCUUGUUAAGGAAACCAUCUUAAACACAGAGCAAGAAACGUGAAGUCACUUGGCUGUCCCUUAUCUCUAAGGGCACCUGAUGCAUAAGUGGACUAGAGAAAGGAAAGAAAGAAAACAUCCAAAGAUCUACAGAUCAUUUUGCUGGCAGGCAAAAUUCUGCUGCUGCCUGCCUGCAUCUUCAGCACUGGCUCCUUUCCCAAGGGCUCUGCACUGCUGCUGACCCUGUUCUCCUGAGCAUCGCUGCCCAGAUCGGAGCGCAGUGGUCUGUGUCCCCACAACAUUGGCUAAUGCAGUCUCCUUCCCCUGCUGGAAGAUGCUGGUAGUGCCCAAGACCGUUUUAAUAAAAGAACGUACUCAACAUCUUUAGAUUUCUUCCUUGAGACCACAGAGUGACUGCAAAAACUCACCAACAACCACAAGUUUUUUAAAAUAUCACUGGUCUUCUGACAAGUUGAUUAAGUGAAGAGAAAAAAAAAAAAAAACACAACGAAGCUGCUUCCAAAUACUGAAGAUACAAGGCCAGGAUGAACCCAAAGGAUUCAAAAGUGUCUGAAGGAGGUCUCAAUGUCACACUUACCAUACGCCUUCUCAUGCACGGCAAGGAGGUUGGAAGCAUUAUUGGAAAGAAAGGUGAGACAGUUAAGAAGAUGCGAGAGGAGAGUGGGGCUCGAAUCAAUAUUUCCGAAGGCUCCUGUCCGGAAAGAAUUGUGACCAUAACAGGCCCAACAGAUGCAAUUUUUAAAGCUUUUUCUAUGAUUGCACUAAAAUUUGAAGAGGACAUAAAUGCUUCAAUGACAAACAGCACAGUGACAAGCAAGCCACCUGUAACACUGAGACUUGUCGUGCCAGCAAGUCAGUGCGGAUCCCUUAUAGGAAAAGGAGGCUCCAAAAUCAAAGAAAUCAGGGAGUCCACAGGAGCCCAGGUGCAAGUAGCAGGGGAUAUGCUGCCAAACUCAACGGAGCGUGCAGUCACUAUAUCAGGCACUCCCGAUGCUAUCAUCCAGUGUGUGAAACAGAUAUGCGUGGUCAUGCUGGAGUCCCCACCCAAAGGUGCCACCAUCCCCUACCGUCCCAAACCUGCCUCUGCACCUAUCAUUUUUGCAGGUGGCCAGGUAAGAGCAGACACCAUUUUGGCUUCAGCUGGAAACCACACCGUCUUGGCCCAACCUCAGCCAGCGCCUGCGUUUACAAUUCAGGGGCAGUAUGCCAUCCCUCAUCCAGACGUGAGUCCAGCACAUUUGACCAAGCUUCACCAGUUGGCUAUGCAGCAUCCCCCCUUUACUCCCCUUGGGCAGACCACCCCUGGUUUCCCUGGACUGGAUGCCACUUCUCCAACCAGUUCCCAUGAACUUACUAUUCCCAACGAUCUAAUAGGCUGCAUUAUUGGCAGACAAGGCAGUAAGAUAAAUGAAAUCAGGCAGAUGUCAGGAGCGCAGAUCAAGAUUGCUAAUGCCACAGAAGGCUCUGCAGAACGACAAGUUACAAUCACAGGAUCCCCCGCAAACAUCAGCUUAGCACAGUACCUCAUUAAUGCAAGCUUAGAGAUGGCUAAAGUCAGCACCCAGACCGCUUCCGUCACGACCCCUGUUGACCUCAACAUGAACCUCUCUCAGUCUGCCACCCCUACCUCCACCCCCACCUCCAUGGCCGUGCUGGCGGCCGCCUCCGCCGUUACCGUCAGUACCCCCCCUCCCCUACCAACUCUGCCAACCACCCACUAUGCCGUUCCUGUCUCCAGUCUGCUUGGCAUGAAAACUGUCCCACUCCUGGCACUAAAUGCCGCGGCUGCCGCGGGGGCCACGGGGAAUUUGUCCGCUUACACUGCCAAAAUUCCUUCGACGAGCGGGGUUAAGAAAUCUGACCGCCAGAAGUUUGCUCCAUAUUGAAGGGAUGAGACACAAUGCAAGCUCUGCCAGCUCUACCAAGAGUCUGUGGUAGAUCCUAGUAAUCAAGGAAACAAUAUGGCAUCUUUUUAUUUUCUGUUAAGUUGCUAGUGUGAAUGUUGCCACCUCCAACCGUCUUCCACUUGCCAUAACGACUAACACCCAGGCGCCCGGCAGCAACUAGUUCCAACAGCUGCGCGGGGCCGAGGCCCGGCCCUGAAGGCCCCAUCAUCCCCCUGCCCACAGGGGUGGCAGCCAGGCAGUACCAGAGGCAGGCGGGCAGCAAGCCACGCUUCUGGGGCUGAGAGAAACUCGUGAACCUUUGGAAGACAGUGAGGAAAAAAAAAUAGGUUAGGGCCCUAUGCUUGUCUUAGAAAGGGCACCCCGAUUUUCUCUGGUUCGGGGAACCGUAAUUUGGAGAAGUGAAUUCAGGGAGGGAGAACAGACCCUUACUAUGAUCUUUUUUCUCUUUGACAUGUGACUCUUCCAAAUUAUCAGUAAUUGCUCCUGUAGCUGCUUGAGGUUGCAGGUACACACCAGCCCUCUGCCACCCCCUUCCUCCAGGCCCAAAGUGCGGUCCCACGCACCAUCCAGCCCCCGCAUACGCGCUGCAGAACUUGCUGAAACCAGCAGAAUAAAUCCCAUGACCUUAAGGGCCGCACACACUGUGUUCAGACAGUUUUGUUCAAUUUUUUUUCUGUAGGUUUCUGUAAAACAUGAAUUCCUAUUUAGCUCACUGCUAAUAAGGUCUUCAAAUUGCAUUGCAAUUAUCAUGGAAUCACGGAAUGGUUUGGGUUGGAAGGGACCUCUAAGCUCAUCCAGUUCCAACCCCCCUGCUACAGGCAGGGACCCCUCCCUCUAGACCAGGUUGCUCAAAGCCCCAUCCAGCCUGGCCUUCGAUGCUUCCAGGAAGGAGGCACUCACAACCUCACUGGGUAACCUGUUCCAGUGUCUCACCACCCUCGCAGUUAAGAAUUUCUCUCUAAUAUCUAAUUUAAAUCUACCCGCUGCCAGUUUAAAGCCAUUUCCCCUCGUCCUGUAGCCAGCGCAUCUUAGAGCACAUCAAAUGACAUUCAAAGGUUGCUGCCUAGACAGAUAGCAUCCCUUUCCAAGAAUUACAUCCAGAUUAUUUAAUACAGAAGCCCAAUUGCAGCCAAGCCGAAGAGAGCUGGGUGAUGUAAUGGCUGGUUGCUAGCUGUUGGAACUAGUUUUUAACUGCAUUUUCUGUUUGUCCAUCCACCUUCUUUUUAAUUUCUGCUGCAUAACUCAGUAAUGCAAUAUUGUUUUCCUCACCACUUCCGAAUCCAGAAUCCCAUUAGCCCGCCACGUUCAUCCACUUUGCACUCCUUGGACACAAAGCUUUAACAAUUGAACUGUAUUCAGUGCAUUUUAAUAUAAACUAAAAACACAGUGCAAAUGCAAUACUUUUUAAAACAUGGUAUUUCAAAGUGUGUUAUGAUUAUUGUAUAGGGCUAAGUACUAUUUCAGCAUUUUGUGUCAUUUCUGUAUUCUGUGGGCUUUUCUUCACCUUGGUACCUUUGCACUAAGUUGUGUCACUGUAACCGUUUGUAGAAUUGCCACCGUUACAGUUUGCGCUGAUCCAGAUGGGCUUUUUGGUUGGUUGAGUUGUGUUGGGUUUUUGGUGGUUUGUUUUUUUGGUUGGCUUUUUUUUUUUUUCUUUCUUUCUUUUUUUCCUUUUGUUUGUACAUAAGGAAGGAAAAAAUUGGAAAUAAGGCCAAGGUACCUCAGCUAUUUCACAGCUCUAGAGAAACGCUGUACAACUGUUCUGGACUGCUGUAACUGUUCCAAUAACUGACCUUUGAAAAACAAAACAAAACCAACACAACCUGUGUGAGAAAACUUGCCUGCAUUGAAAUGCUGUUCUAUGCUGGUUGUACUCAAGUGUUAUUUUUUUAAUAGUGAGAAGAUUUUUUUUUUUCUUUUUUUCUUUCUUUCUUUUUUUUCUUCCUCUUUUUUUGCAUUUUUUUUUUCUUUUCCUCAUUUUUAUUCCUACA